GCCCGGGUCCCCGGUCCCCGCCCCGUCCGGCGUGCAGGGCUCUGGGUGUGGCCGCCGUCUCGUGUAGUGGAUCCUGCUCACGGUUCGCUCCCCGCAGCCGAACGCCCAGCAGCAGCGAGGUGGUGGCGGCCGGGCUCCAGUUCUUCUCGUGAGACUCCCCAGGAGACCAGUCACAAAGGAUGAGUGAACUGGAGCAGUUGAGGCAGGAAGCCGAGCAGCUGCGGAAUCAGAUCCAGGAUGCCAGGAAGGCCUGCAAUGAUGCCACACUGGUUCAGAUCACAUCUAAUAUGGACUCAGUGGGUCGAAUACAAAUGCGAACAAGGCGCACGCUGCGGGGCCACCUCGCUAAGAUCUACGCCAUGCACUGGGGAUAUGAUUCCAGGCUGCUAGUCAGUGCAUCCCAAGAUGGAAAAUUAAUUAUUUGGGAUAGCUAUACGACAAAUAAGAUGCAUGCCAUUCCGCUGAGGUCCUCCUGGGUGAUGACUUGUGCCUAUGCCCCAUCUGGGAAUUAUGUCGCCUGUGGAGGUUUGGAUAACAUCUGUUCCAUAUACAACCUGAAGACUCGAGAAGGGAAUGUGCGGGUGAGCAGAGAGCUACCAGGGCAUACAGGCUACUUAUCCUGCUGCCGAUUCUUAGACGAUGGACAAAUCAUUACAAGUUCAGGAGACACAACUUGUGCUCUGUGGGACAUCGAGACUGGACAGCAGACUACGACAUUCGCAGGACACUCGGGUGAUGUGAUGAGUCUCUCACUGAGUCCUGACUUGAAGACCUUUGUUUCUGGUGCUUGUGACGCUUCUUCAAAACUGUGGGAUGUCCGAGAUGGGAUGUGUAGACAGUCUUUCACGGGACACAUCUCAGACAUCAAUGCUGUCAGCUUCUUCCCAAAUGGAUAUGCCUUUGCCACCGGCUCUGAUGAUGCCACUUGCCGGCUCUUUGACCUUCGUGCAGACCAAGAGCUACUGCUGUAUUCUCAUGACAAUAUCAUCUGCGGCAUCACUUCUGUGGCCUUCUCAAAGAGCGGGCGCCUCCUGCUGGCCGGCUAUGAUGACUUCAACUGCAGUGUGUGGGAUGCACUGAAAGGAGGUCGGGCAGGUGUCCUUGCUGGUCAUGACAACCGCGUUAGCUGCUUAGGUGUGACUGAUGAUGGGAUGGCUGUGGCCACCGGCUCCUGGGACAGUUUUCUUAGAAUCUGGAAUUAACAAUGUCAUAUUUUCUGUUCUCCAAUGGUUAUCCGGAGAAAUCCAUGCUACAGCCUACAGCUGUGAGGAAAAAAACAAACAAACUCUACCUUCUAUUUGUGGAUGAAGAUUUUUUUCUAUUCAUAUGACUACAUACAAAAGUCAGCUUUCAGUAAACUACAAGCAAAUGGGGGUAAAAGAAACAAUCAAGACUAAGGUCCCUUGCUGAGUCAAAGGGUCAGAGUAUUGAGUAGCUGUGUUGACUCUAAUCCCGACAGAUUCUUGUUUGUGUUGGUCUUCUUUCUGUAGGUUAGAAUGUAUUCUGUAGCAGAUGACAACUGUGUUUGCAUUUUGUUAGGGACACCCCUUGAGCUCUGUAUAUAUGAGAAAUGUUACAUUUUUAAAGUGUUGUCAUGGAAGAGCUAGGACCCAUGAUAGGCAGAAGUGAAAUUGUAGAUAUAUGUACUGUCUGAAGGAGUCCCCCUGGGUUCUGACAUUGCAUUUUAACCUGACUCCAACAGCUUCAUGAUCACGAGCGCAGGUAGGUGAGGGAGCUGUUCAUGCAUUCUUUUCCGUCCUUUGAGGGGAUAGGUGAUGUGAAGGCCAGGGUGAAAAAUUUCACUUUGACAUAGGGAUGCACUGAAAUGUCAUUACAAUUUAUUCUAUUAAUAAUCAGUAGACACUGGCAUGUAACUUUUGGCAUUCUAAAAGGCUGAGCCCUUUGAACCAUUGUACCUGUUAAUUUUACCUUCUGAAACCAAGUUUGUAAAAUGUACUACUAUUUCAGAAGUUUGACAAAACCUGACUGUCCCUGCAUCUGAAGACUCUUGCCCAGUAUUCUCUGUGAUAGGUAGGGAAACAGUGGCUCACCUUUUAACACUUUUGAGAAAUAAAUGUAAACUCAUCUACUCAACUGACACUAACAUAUAUAAGAUGGCUUUAUGAAUACUAUGUAAUUAAAAUCUGAAUUGGUUUAAA